AUGGCACUCAUCGUCCCACUAAUCUGCACUGGAGUCGAGGAGCGACCAGCAAUACUGUAUGGGCUGUCGUAUGACCCGAUGACGAACCAAAUCGAUCAUGGCCACAACGGGGUCGCCGCUAUCCGGAAGUACAUGGAAACAUGGAUGUUGGAAAAGCCGUCAAGCAAUCCCAAAUGGUUAGGGGUCGGGAUUAAAAAGGAGUCGUUCGAGGAGGUGAAAAUGUGGAUUCUGGACGAGAAUGAAGUCGAGGGGCGGGUCGUCGGCGUUCUCUGGGCCCUCGGGAGCUACAGGCCAUGUGGCGGUAUCCUCCCCAAUGUCGAAGGCUACAUCCUGUGGGAGCUACAGGCCCAGUACCGAGAGCUUGCCUAG